AUGUUAGAAAAUCUAAAUCCUACGCUUCAUGCACCAACUAAGCCUCGGUUGAAUAAACCAAGUGUUAAUUUGAACGAUUUUAAUUGGGAUGGUGAACGUGAACCAAUCAAUGCAGCUGAAAUAUUUGAUCAUAUCCGUGAUAUUCAAGAUCCUGAACAUCCGCAUAGUCUUGAAGUGCUCGGUGUAUUAAACGAUGAAUGGAUUCAUGUGAAUGAUGAGGAAAGUUGGGUUUGUGUUGAAUAUUCACCGACUAUACCCGGUUGCAGUAUGGCUACACUUAUCGGAUUAGCAAUUAAAGUGAAGUUGAUUCGAUCACUUCCACGACGAUUUAAAAUUGAAGUCAAAGUGAAACCAGGUACUCAUGAUACAGAAGAUGACAUCAAUAAACAACUUGCUGAUAAAGAACGCGUUGCAGCAGCCUUGGAGAAUCCUGCACUAGUUAAACUGGUCAAUAACUGUUUAACUGUGCCGAGCGAUUGA